GCAGCAAGAUGUGCAUUGAUUUGGAAUUUGGUUGCAUUAGUCGCAUUGGGUAAUCUAAUUGGAUUUGAUAUAAUAUUCAUCUUACAUCCAGAUAUAUGUCUAUUAACACCAACAUGUUCAACACAACCAAAAGUAGUAUCAUUAAUUGAUUUAUUACAAAAGGUUCCAGGAUUUAAAUAUUACACAACUCAUACUGCAAAAAAAUUAUUUCUUGAAAUUCAAGUUGUUUGCGUUGGUAUCGUUUUUCUCAUGUGUCUGAUGUAUAUUGUUGUUUACAUCGCUUGUCGAAUGAAUAUACGUACACGCGUUCAAGAUAGUUCAACAAUUGCUGCUAGUGCUCCUCCAUGUUCUGGAGCCCAUCAUGAAUUUCCUGUUGCUCAAGCAGCCCCAUUUUCUGAACGUCAUCAUCUAUAUCCUGUUCUUCAAGCACCACCACCAAUAUUUUCUGGACCCCAACAUGAAUUUCCUGCUGAUAAAACACCUCAAUUACCAUGGACAGUGCAAGCAGCAAAUGCUCCAUAUGCACCCUGUUAA